UCAUUUAUCAUCUCUAAUUCCCUAAAAAGAAAACAUUCCGAAAACAUAGAAAAACAGCUUUAAGCCAUGAUUAUCUAUGGCGUCUAUAUAGUCAGCAAAUCGGGUGGCCUCAUAUUUAACCUGGACAAUAAUGUGCCACGCAUAGAGCACGAGAAGACCUUCACAUACCCACUGGACUUGGUGUUGGACUAUGAUUCCAAAAAGGUCUCAGUGGCGUUUAACAGAAAGGAUGGAAUAAACGUGGGCCACGUUCUGGUGGCUGUUAACGGCAUAGCCGUCAAUGGAGUCACCAUCGAUGAUGGUCGGGACGUGAAAGCGACUCUGGAGUCGGCGGAAAACUAUCCUAUCAAUCUUAAGUUCAGUCGGCCAAAGAUGACCACCAAUGAGAAGAUAUUUCUAGCCAGCAUGUUCUAUCCGCUCUUUGCCAUCGCGAGUCAGCUUAGUCCGGAACCCCGCAGCUCCGGAAUCGAGCUGCUCGAAGCGGACACCUUCACGCUGCACUGCUUCCAGACACUCACCGGUAUCAAGUUCAUUGUGAUUUCAGAGACGGGCCUGAACGGCAUAGACCUGCUUUUGCGAAAGGUGUACGAGCUUUACUCUGACUACGUCCUCAAGAAUCCAUUUUACUCCCUGGAAAUGCCCAUCCGGUGCGAGCUCUUUGACAAUAAGCUGCAAGAGCUGCUCGCUCAGGUGGAGAAGACGGGCAUUAGCAAUAUUGAUAAAUAAACGUUACGUAGCCUUUUUAUACUGUUA